AUGAAUUUAAUAGGUCCCUUGCCUGAGUCGGACGGGUACAAACAUUGUGUGACGAUCAUUGAUAGAUUUUCGCGUUGGCCAGUAGCAAUACCUCUGAAAGACACUGAAGUCAUUACAGUGGCACGCGCGUUUUACGACAACUGGGUAGCAAAUUUUGGAGCAGCCAAAACGAUAACUACGGAUCAAGGUAGCCAGUUCGAAGCACAAUUUUUUACUGCACUUCUUCAGCUGAUCGGCUGUCAACGAAUUCGUAUCACGGCGUAUCACUCCGCUUCGAACAGUCUGCGUACUCAUGUCCGCCUUGACACCGGCACAUCGCCUGCGGAAUUUGUUUAUGGAAUGACGCUGCGCGUCCCCGGAGAAUUUAUACUGCCGGACGACUUCACUCCUAGUCCACAAAUUUUCAUUGAGGAGUUCCGCGAACAUAUGCGCAAAGUUAAGCCAAUUUCGAUAGAGCAUAAGCACAAGAAACGCGCAUUCGUAUUUAAAGAUUUACAUUCAUGUUCCCAUGUUUUUCUACGGGUGGCGGUACCAAGAGUACCUAUUGUAAGAAAUUUAGAGAAAAUAGGCAUAACAGAGAAGCUAUCAGUGUCAGAAUUGUGUGGCUCAGUGGCAGGACAGAAAUCGACCAACUCGCAGGAGAGACCAGGCCUGAAUUUGAGGUGA